AGUAUGUGUCUGAUCUCCCUCUCUUUGCAUGUGGGCGCUGGGAAGUCUUGCGGUACAUCGUCUCUGCACAAGGGCAACAAGCAUGCAUGAUUCUGCUGGGUGUGCUCACACAGCUGUACCACGGUCUGCAGUAAAAGCCUUUCUUUUCCUUUCAGCUUCACUGAGAAGAGGCAGGACAUCACAAUUUGUAAGACCACAGUUACCUCCCAGAACUGAGAAGAUGGCUGUUGAUCAGGACUGGACCAGUGUUUAUCCCACAGCAGCUGUGUUUAAACCUGCCUCUGUGCCACUCCCAAUUCGAAUGGGUUACCCUGUGAAGAGAGGAGUACCUCCACCAAAAGAAGGCAACUUAGAGCUUAUGAAGAUUCCCAAUUUUUUGCAUCUUACUCCUCCUGCAAUUAAGAAACACUGUGCAGCUCUUAGAGAUUUCUGCACUGAGUGGCCAAGUGCUCUGGACAGCGAUGAGAAAUGUGAGCAGCAUUUUCCCAUUGAAAUCGAAACAGUGGAUUAUGUUUCUGCAGGGACAUCUAUUCGUAACCCCAAAGCCAGAGUGGUGACUUUAAGAGUUAAACUCUCUAAGCUGAAUUUGGACGAGCACGCAAGGAAGAAGCUGGUGAAGCUGGUGGGGGAGCGGUACUGCGCGGACACGGACGUGCUCACCAUCACCACAGACAGGUGUCCUCUGAGAAGACAGAACUAUGAUUAUGGAAUUCACCUCCUCACAGUCCUGUACCAUGAGUCUUGGAAAACUGAGAAGUGGGAGAGUGAGAAGUCUGAGGAAGACAUGGAAGAGUACGUCUGGGAGAACAGCUGCUCCCAGAGAAAGGCCUUGGAUACACUGCUGCGGAUAAAAGCCUCGGAGAACCUCGGUCCUGUCACUGAGGAAGAGCUGCUUGCAUCUGAGGUGGUCAAGAACUACAGAAACUCUGUGACUGCGCUUAAAAACGAAGGUGAAACGGAAAGGAACAUGUCUCAGUACAAGGAAUGUGUGAAGAAACUGCUCAACAUCCAAGCAGGGCCCUGACAGCAGAGCCUGCAGCUACGCCUGGGUGCUGCAGAGUGGCCACCAGCUCUGACAGCAGCACUGUGUGAGGGGGAGAGUUACAACCUCAGCCAAGGACAGCAGAUUGGAGGCUGUACAUUGCAGUACUACUCCCAUCUGUCACUACUCAUUUCCUUGUGAGUAGAAUGUUCCUGCCCAUCAAUCUUACCCUUUGA